AAUCUCAAAACACUAAACAAUCUCUUAUCCGAAGAUCUCCAUCUCGGGGGAAAAGACACAUCUUGUCGCAGGGAAGAGAAAGAAAACAUGAGUAGCCGUUCGAGCAGGACUCUUUAUGUUGGAAAUCUUCCUGGUGAUGUACGCGAGAGGGAAGUAGAAGAUUUAUUUUACAAGUAUGGUCCCAUAGCCCAUAUUGACUUGAAGAUUCCGCCAAGACCUCCUGGUUAUGCAUUUGUUGAGUUUGAAGAGGCUCGAGAUGCUGAAGAUGCAAUUCGUGGUCGUGAUGGCUAUGAUUUUGGAGGACAGCGCUUGCGGGUUGAACUUGCACAUGGCGGUCGUGGCCGUUCGUCCUCAGAUCGUCACAGCAGUUAUGGUGGCGUACGUGGACGUGGACCAUCCAAACGUUCCGAAUAUCGUGUGUUAGUCACUGGGUUGCCAUCUUCUGCUUCAUGGCAGGAUCUUAAGGAUCACAUGCGUCGAGCUGGGGAUGUUUGUUUCUCCCAAGUUUUUCGCGAUGGUGGUGGGACAACAGGGAUAGUGGAUUAUACCAAUUAUGAUGACAUGAAGUAUGCUAUCAAGAAACUAGAUGACACUGAAUUUCGGAAUGCCUUUUCUCGGGCUUAUGUUCGGGUUAAGGAAUAUGAUUCUAAGCGAGAUUCCUCUAGAAGCCCUAGUCGUGGUCGUUCUGUCUCAAGAAGUCGCAGCCGCUCUCGUGGUCGGAGCAAGAGUCGCAGGUUUUUCCUUAUACUUCGGGAUAUGAAAUUUUAUUUAUGGCUUAAAAGUUGCUUGUUAACCUUGCAAUUGUUAUGCAGCAAAUCUCCUAGAACCAAACCUUCUCGCAAGUCACCUGCAAAGUCAAGAUCAAGGUCUCCUCGUUCUCGCUCUGCAUCAAGGUCUCGCUCUUUGUCAGGAUCUCGAUCAAGAUCCAGAUCUCCUUUGCCUUCUCGUGGAAAAGGAAGGAGCAGGAGUCCUAAAAGACCUAGUGUUAGCAGGAGUCCUAAAAGACCUAGUGCUAGCAUGAGUCCUAAGAGACGCAGUCUUAGCCGGAGUCCUAAGAGAAGCGGUGUUAGCCAGAGUCCUAAAAGACGCAGUGCUAGCAGGAGUCCUAAAAGAUGUGCUAGCAGGAGUCCAAGUGGGAGUAGAAGCAGGAGUAGGAGCAAGAGUUUAUCCAGGUAGGUUACCUUGCAGAGAUGGCUGAUGGAGAUCCUAUGAAAUUUUAGGUAAGCAGUGGGGGAAUAAAGUUAUUGGAAAUGUAUCUGUUAUGCCGGAUUACAUACAUGGCCAAAGUUUGCUUUUGUAACUAUUGUUGAACUCCGUUGCUAUGGUUUGGAACAGCUGAAGUAUUAUAAUAUUAUUUAUAAUGAGAACC